GAAAAGAAAAGUGUGAAAUGGCCAGUGUCAUCGGAUGCAGGUCGCACUUCCCGUCCUGAGCGGAGGUCACGCUGCCCUAUAUAACUACCUGCCGCCGCCGCCACCGCUACUCCCCGGCACCACCUCACACCGCCAACACCUCCUCGAGUGAGCGCAGCGGCAGUCGCGAGGCGCACACGCACGGACGGACCACGCUCGCAGCACGCGGCAGCCCUAGUGAAGUGACAGUGCGCCGGUGACAACCCUAAACGAAACAAUGAGCCACAUGAAAAUCGCCCUGGUGGUGUGCUGCUGCGCGGCGCUGGUGGCAGCCCAGUACGAGCACUACGGGCUCGACUUCUCCAACAGCUUCCUGGCCACGAGCUUCGGCGCCGCGCCCAGCUUCAACACGCUGUCGGCGGCCGGCGCCCGGGACCCCAGGGCUAACACAGGUAAUUUAGGGCCAGUGGUGUUCCCCCCCUCCCCGGCCGGUGACCCCGGUCAGACCAGCGGAGUGGUGCCCGGAGCCUCAGGAUACGGCUUCGUGCCCCCCGGCUCGCAAGGACCAGCUGUGCCGAAUUUCUAUUACCGAGGAUUCUUUUUAAGAUAAAUAUAAUAUAAUAUAAAAUAAUUGUAAGUAGAUUAUUUUAACAAUUUGUACAAAAGAAACCUAUAGUUACCUGAAAAGAUUACCGGAUAAUAAUUCAGCAUUAUGUUGUAAAAUACGAUACCAGUACAUAUGUAAUUAAAUAAAUUGUACCUACCUAAUUAUUACUAUGUAAAUGCAAAGUUAGAUUUAUUUAUAGGUAAUUUAUAAAUUAUUAUAACUGUUUAACUGCGUACAAUUUUUGUUGAUGUACUAUUUUUAAUCAUUAUUAUGUAAAUAUUUUAUUCUGGAAUUUCUUACCCAUACUGUGAUAAAAAUGUUCAUUACAAAAUGUUUAAGUAACAAUAUUAAUAAAAUAAGUAUUUAACUAACAGAGCUUUAUUGAAAAGAUAAGUCAUUUGCUUUUCACUUUGUAUAAUAAAUAAUCAUUUAGACAUACAUGACUAAAAUGUAUCGACAGUUCGGACAUCUAAGUAUUCUUUUACGAUAAACUGUAACUGUAUUACCUACUACAAAAAAAAUAUCAAACAAAUCAUGUAUAUAAAUCGUCAAAAACUGAAAAAAAUAUAAAAGCAUUCUUCUAUUAAAUAAAAUAAUU